ACUACUACUACUACUACUACUACUACUACUACUACUACUACUACUACUACUACUACUACUACUACUGCUACUUCUACUACUACUGCUACUACUACUACUGCUACUACUUUAUUCCCCAGCCGUCGACCCUCAGUUCCCCAGCCCUCAACCCUCAGUUUCCCAGCUCUCAACCCUCAGUUCACAAGCCCUCCACCCCCAGUUCCCCAGCCCUCAACCCUCAGUUUCCCAGCUCUCAACCCUCAGUUCCCCAGCCCUCCACCCCCAGUUCCCCAGCCCUCGACCCUCAGUUCCCCAGCCCUCAACCCUCAGUUUUCUCAGCUCUCAACCCUCAGUUCCCCAGCCCUCCACCCCCCAGUUCCCCAGCCCUCCACCCCCAGUUCCCAGCCCUCAACCCUCAGUUCUUCAGCCCUCAACCCUCAGUUCCCCAGCCCUCAACCCCCAGUUCCCCAGCCCUCAACCCUCAGUUCUCCAGCCCUCAACCCUCAGUUCCUCAGCCCUCCACCCCAGUUCCCCAGCCCUCAACCCUCAGUUCCCAAGCCCUCAACCCUCAGUUCCCCAGCUCUCCACCUUCAGUUCCCCAGCCCUCGACCCUCAGUUCCCAAGCCCUCCACCCUCAGUUCCCAAUCCCUCGACCCUCAGUUCCCCAGCCCUCCACCCUCAGUUCCCAAGCCCUCCACCCUCAGUUCCCAGCCCUCCACCCAAGCCUCCCUCAGUUCCCCAGCCCUCCACCCUCAGUUCCCAAGCCCUCCAUCCUCAGUUCCCCAGCCCUCAACACUCAUUUCCCCAGCCCUCCCACCCUCAGUUCCCAAGCCCUCAACCCUCAGUUCCCCAGCUCUCCACCUUCAGUUCCCCAGCCCUCCACCCUCAGUUCCCAAGCCCUCCACCCUCAGUUCCCAAUCCCUCGACCCUCAGUUCCCCAGCCCUCCACCCUCAGUUCCCAAGCCCUCCACCCUCAGUUCCGCAGCCCUCCACCCAAGCCCUCCACCCUCAGUUCCCCAGCCCUCCACCCUCAGUUCCCAAGCCCUCCAUCCUCAGUUCCCCAGCCCUCAACACUCAUUUCCCCAGCCCUCCACCCUCAGUUCCCAAGCCCUCAACCCUCAGUUCCCAAGCCCUCCACCCUCAGUUCCCAAUCCCUCCACCCUCAGUUCCCCAGCCCUCCACCCUCAGUUCCCAAGCCCUCAACCCUCAGUUCCCAAGCCCUCCACCCUCAGUUCCCCAGCCCUCAACCCUCAGUUCCCCAGCCCUCCACCCUCAGUUCCUCAGCCCUCAACCUUCAGUUCCUCAGCCCUCAACCUCAGUUCCCUAACUACCAUCUACAGCACAAUUAUUUAA